AUGUCACGUCUCGAUGAUGCCCUGCGGUCAAUGGGCGGUUUGAACCUGAACCAAGGGGAUGGACUUCGCCUCAUUGUCGGAUUUGACUUUGGUACAACUUACUCAGGCAUCGCAUGGGUCCUGUCAAAUAGGACAAAGGCGGACCAGAUUGAGGUAAUCAACAUCUGGCCAGACGGCCCUUUUCAGGUGCCCAAGGCUCCUAGCGUCAUCGCGUAUGCGAGCGAAAACAAGGACCGCAGGGUCAAGGAGGACAGAUGGGGCUACUCUGUCGUCCCCGGCAUGUCGUCUUACCUAUGGACAAAGCUCCUCCUUGGAGGAAAUGUCGCCCCGGGCGAGUAUGACGACCCUGCUUUGAAGGAAUACUUCGGGCCGGGUCUGUUGAGUUUGCCCCCAGGCAAGACGGCGCAGGACAUCUGCUCCGACUACAUGGCCUGUCUAUACAAGUACUUUGUGGGCAGGUUCCAGGGCGGCACCAGGGUCAACCUGAAAAUCACCCCAAUGGAGGUCUGGAUUACAGUUCCUGCCAUCUGGACCGAUGCUGCCAAGCGACGCACCAUGGAGGCCGCCAAAGCCGCUGGGUUUGGCUCUCGGAUAUUUUUGGGGGACACCAUCUCCGUCAUCACGGAGCCAGAAGCUGCUGCUUUGACCAUCCUGAAGCCUCGCUUGGACUCGCAUGUUCUCCCAACUGCGUCGAGCAAGAAUGUCCUGGUUUGCGAUUGUGGAGGUGGUACGGUUGACAUCAUCUGCUACAAGAUCAAAUCGGACAAGGCAAGGGCAAGUUUCAAGGAACUCUGCCGAGGAACAGGCGCCAAGUGUGGCUCGACCGCCAUUGACCGAGCCUUUGAUACCUGGAUGAAGCGCCGAUUUGGAGACGCUUACAAAUCGGUUCCUCUUGGUCAAAAAGGCCCGGGGAGCAAGUUCAUGACUGCAUUUGAAAGUGCCAAACGAAGAUUCAGCGGAUCAGAGGAUAUAUUCGAGAUCUACCCUAUCAAUUUGGCUGUUGCGCAAUCCGAACUCUACGACAAGUCAAACAUGACCAUACUUCUUCCAUCGGCCGACAUGCAGUCGCUGUUCGACCCCGUCAUAGACUCAAUCAUCCGACUGGUAAAUAAUCAGAUUGGCGGUGCGCUUAGAGAUCAUGGAGAAAGAAUCGAGGAGGUGUUUCUUGUAGGAGGCUUCGGGGACUCGUUGUAUUUGAACCAACGAAUGACAGAAUCAUGCAAGUCGGCCGGGAUAACCGUAGCUUGUCCACCACAAUGUCAGGCAGCCAUUGCGACGGGUGCAGCUCUGCGUGGCUUGUUCGGGCUGAAGCCGGACUCCCGGAUAUGUCGACGGCAUUACGGUUACAGCAUCAGGAUGCCUUUCCGAGAGCGGGUGGAUCACGAAGAUGAUGCCAGUUACUCAUCUUGGGACAACACCAAGAUGUGUGACGGGAGAAUACAAUGGGUUGCCAAACUGAAUGAGCACGUUGACGACGAUACAACUGCCGGCUUUGGCGUCAGCUGGGACCUGGAGAAUCAUACUGGCGGGGCUCAUCAUAAUAAGAUCGAAAUCUUUUACAGCGAGUGGGAGCAAGCGCCAGAGUAUACCAAGCAUUGGUCUGUCAAGAAACUGGGCCUUAUCAAGAUCACUUUCACGUCGGACGAGAUCUCCACGUGCGAAAGGACCUGGAAUAGUAAGCUCGGAAAGAAGAUCAUCAAGCUUCGGUGCACCGUCAAAGUUGAUCUAAAUGCGGAUACGGGGCUAAUCGAGUAUCGCACCAUGAUCGGCGAUAGAGAGGCUGGUUAUGCAAGCUUCGAAUUCGACAAGGAGGAAGCAACCUAA